GCAGAGCUUUGAGUCAUGCACUCUUGGAGGAGAACCUUCCAUGUGUCUCUGCCUCCCUGAAGCUUAGAACUGCAGUUGGAAGGAAUCCUAAGGGUCAACCAGCUUCACCAGUAAUAAGGAAUGAGAAAAAGACCAGCUGGGUGUGGGAUGUGUUUACUCUCCACCCCUGUGUCCCCUGUCUCCAGUCCAAUGAAGUUGACAGUUGCCUCCAUCACAAAUAGGUUCCUCCCCAAAGCUAUCCUGCCCUUUUGGUCUUAAAGCUAGACAAUAAAGUAGGAAUGACCACUGCCUUACUUUGGCCAGUUCUUUGCAGGUCAAUCUCCCAGAGUCCCUGGAGACUGGGAGUCUCCUUAUGCAGAUGAUGAUCUCUUCAUUCUCAUGCUCUCUGGCAGAAAGCCAGGCAGAAAUCUUUGGCAGAGAGGAUUUUCCUCCUUGGAGCAACAACCAUCUCUAACUUGCAGGGGGAUGGGGGCGGGACAGGGUUUGAUUGCAGACACCAUGACUGAACAACAGACCCCUAUGGAGGAGAUGGCAGCUGCGGAGAGCCCAGAGGAAAUGGGGUCAAAUUACAAGGUCACCCUCUUCGAGAUGGAGAAUUUCCAGGGCAGGAAAUGUGAGCUCAUGGAUGAGAACCCCAACGUGACGGAGAAGGAGUUGGACAAAGUGGGCUCCAUCCAGGUGGAGGCUGGCCCGUGGCUCGGGUUUGAGCGUCAGGCAUUCAGUGGGGAGCAGUUUGUGUUGGAGAAGGGCGACUACCCUCGCUGGGACUCCUGGUCCAACAGCCACUGCAGUGACAGCCUCCUCUCCAUUCGCCCCCUGCUGAUCGACAGUGCAGACCACAAAAUCCACCUCUUUGAAAACACCAGCUAUGGGGGCAGGAAGAUGGAGAUCGUGGAGGAUGACGUCCCCAGCUUGUGGGCUCAUGGCUUCCAGGACCGCGUGGCCAGCAUUAAGGCCCUGAAUGGAAUAUGGGUGGGAUAUGAGUAUCCCGGGUACCGUGGCCGCCAGUACGUCUUUGAGAAGGGUGAGUACUGCCACUGGAAUGAGUGGGAUGCCAGCCAACCUUUGAUCCAGUCAGUGCGGCGCAUCCGGGACCAGCAAUGGCACAAAAGAGGCUGCUUUGAGGAAAGCUAAAGUAAUAGCGAGUCACAUUCGUCAAGGAGAAGAAACAGAAAUGAGACCCUCCCCUCCCUGAAGUGCUGGCAAAAGGCCGUGUUUUGCUGUCUAAAUAAAAAUAAAGCCUAAUGUUCUCAAUAAAGUUCUGAGCCUCCAAGGCUUCUGCUC